AAAGUGUGGGUCUAGUUGUAUUGUAUACCAUAUGGUAACAUUGUCUCUACUUAAAAAUACCAGAAAAGGAUUCAACUUAGUAGGAUCCGUUUACCUGUUUAUACUUAAGAAGAAUUUAUGAUUAAUAGCAGAAGAAAAGAAAAGUAUUCACUUUGAUAAAGCUGAGCCAACAACCAUGAAUACAUCAGAGAAUGGAGUGAAUUCACUCUGCUCGAUCUGUGGAGACAGAGCAACAGGCAAACACUACGGGGCCUCCAGUUGUGAUGGCUGCAAGGGCUUUUUCAGACGGAGCAUUAGAAAGAGCCAUGUAUAUUCCUGCAGGUUUAAUCGACAAUGUGUUAUUGACAAAGACAAGAGGAAUCAAUGCAGAUUUUGCAGACUUAACAAAUGUUUUCAUGCAGGAAUGAAAAAAGAAGCUGUACAGAAUGAAAGAGAUCGGAUAAGCUCCAGAAGAAAUACAUACGAGAGCAGCAGUUUACCAUCUAUAACAGCACUGGCACAAGCUGAAAGUCUCUCUCGGCAGAUCAGUGUACCCAGCCCUGGAGUACCUACAGAUAUAUCAGCAAAGAAAAUUGCCAGUAUUAGCGAUGUAUGUGAAUCUAUGAAGCAGCAGCUAUUGGUUCUGGUAGAAUGGGCAAAAUACAUUCCAGCAUUUUGUGAAUUACCACUAGAUGAUCAGGUUAGUUUGUUGAGAGCACAUGCUGGGGAGCACUUACUUCUUGGAGUAGUGAAGAGAUCAACCCCUUACAGAGAUCUCCUUCUUCUUGGCAAUGACUGUGUUAUCCACCGCAACUGUCCUAAAGUUGAGAUGAGCCGAGUUGCAAACCGGAUUUUGGAUGAACUGGUUGUGCCUUUUCAGGAUAUUCAAAUAGAUGACAAUGAAUAUGCUUCUUUAAAGGCUAUUGUCUUCUUUGAUCCAGACGCUAGAGGCCUGAAUGAUUCAUCUAAGAUCAAAAGCAUGCGGUACCAGGUGCAGAUCAGUUUGGAAGAUUACAUCAAUGACAGGCAGUAUGAUUCUCGAGGGAGGUUCGGGGAGCUGCUUCUACUCCUGCCCACUCUGCAAAGCAUCACUUGGCAAAUGAUCGAGCAGAUUCAGUUUGUCAAACUCGUCGGAAUGGCUAAAAUUGACAACUUGCUUCAGGAAAUGCUUCUGAGCACAGGAACAGUUAAUGACUCAACACACACCCAUCACCCUGUGCAUCCACAUCUAGCCCAGGAUCCUUUGACUGGUCAGACUGUUUUAAUAAGCUCAAUUCCAACUCCAGUGCUCACUGAACAUAUUUCGACUCCAGAAACUCCAUUGCCAUCGCCUCCACAAGGAUCUGGACAAGACCAAUACAACGUAACUUCAAACCAAAAUGUGGCGCACUCCGGGCAGCCUGUUGCCAAACAGAAUGAUACUUAACUAUUAUGGCUUCAGCUUUCAGAUGUAAUUUCUACAAUUUGACAAAUACUGACAAACUGUUCCUAGAAUCAAGUGUGAUGUGUUUUUAUUUUUAUAAGCAUCCUGAAUAAUGUGUAAGAACUGUUUCUUAAUGGUUCUAAAUAUUUAUUUUAAAAUACUGGUACAUAUUUACUACUCAUUCAACUUUUAUAUACAUUUUUAUAUAAAAAUGCUUUUAGCAUUUAGAUUGGUGCCUUUGAAGUCAUGAACUCCCUCUUCAGAGGACAGGAGGGGAUAUUUCACAGCCACUACAGCAACAAGACCCAAAUGUUUGAAUAGAAAAUAUAUGUAUAGUAUUGAGACCGUAGACAUUGGAAAUGGUAAAUUUCACAAUGGAAAAAAAAGCCUUUUAGAAACAGUUCUUUACUAUUGGCGUCUGAUUUCUUCUCUCUGCUUGCAGUAAAGGUAUGGAUUAUAGAAAGUGUCCUGCCAUUUUUCCUUUUGGUUUGUUAUGCAACUGUCUCAUUAGUAAUCUGUUGAACCUGCUGUAUCAUAGGUGUUUUAAUAUUGUUAUAUAAUUGUAACACAGUAAAGGUAUACAUGUAUAUAGAGAGUGUACUGUACAUUGAACAUGAUAAUUAAUUAUACUAGAAUGAUUUUUUUUUUUAAAUAAAUAGUAAUUAUUUUUGUAUUAAUUUGAUUGAAUUAUACAUUUUUACUUUGUGUAUAUAUAAAUCAGAAUGGUAACUAUUUUAUGCAAUUUGAGCAACUAUGCUGUAGCAUGUAUUGUCUGGUUCAACAAAUGUCACACUUUGUAUAUUUUGUUUUAAAAAUGGAAAGGAAACAUCAAUUUAUUUGUAUUACAAAAAUAAAAGCAACCACACCAGAGGUGUUGGAUUUUCUUCCAAUAAUAAAACACAUUACAGUAAUAUAUAGUUUAAUAGAUUCCAUUAUAUGAGAUAUAGAAAGCAGUACAGGAAUAUAACACUGAUAGCAUGAAGCAUGUUGUACUGUACAUGUUCCAUAAUUAAUAUAAAGAGCUCUGGUGCAAAGUUACAUUCAUCUUCA